AUCCAAAAUCCAGUAUUCACCUAUCUGGAUGUCUUCCCUUCUUCUUCUUCUGUCAAUUAGGGCUUUUAUCCGGCCACUAUUUUGCAGCCAAAAUCCCUCGGAAGAUCGCUAAAACCCCUUUGGUUUGCCACCAUCCGAUAAAGAACCCGGCGUUUAGCUCGAGUCCGCAAUCAUGGCGUUACUAGAGCAAAAGAAUGUAGCGGAUGUGAAUAAUGUGAACGCAGGCGCAGAUAUCUCUCCGAACAAUACCAUUUACAUCAACAACCUCAAUGAGAAAAUUAAACUCGACGAAUUGAAGAAAUCGUUGCACGCGGUUUUCUCGCAAUUCGGGAAGAUAUUGGAGAUAUUAGCAUUCAAGACGCUGAAACAUAAAGGGCAAGCUUGGGUUGUUUUCGAGGAUGUUCAAUCAGCUAACAAUGCUAUGAGGCAAAUGCAGGCUUUCCCGUUUUAUGACAAGCCCAUGAGAAUACAAUAUGCAAAAACAAAAUCAGAUAUCAUUGCAAAGGCUGAUGGUACAUUUGUUCCAAGAGAAAAGAGAAAGAGGCAUGAGGAAAAAGGAGGAAAAAAGAAGAAAGAGCAGCAUGAUGCUAAUCAAGUCGGGAUGGGCCUGGCUGCUGGUUAUGCUGGUCCCUAUGGUGCAACACCUCCGCUAUCACAAAUACCCUAUCCAGGUGGUGCAAAAUCUAUGGUUCCUGAGGCCCCAGCGCCUCCAAAUAACAUACUAUUUAUUCAAAAUCUGCCCAAUGAGACAACACCAAUGAUGCUGCAAAUGUUUUUCCAGCAGUACACUGGUUUUAAGGAGGUUAGGAUGGUGGAAACAAAGCCAGGGAUUGCCUUUGUAGAGUACGGAGAUGAGAUGCAGUCAACAGUUGCAAUGCAUGGACUCCAGGGUCUGAAGAUACAACAAAAUCCAAUGUUAAUUACCUAUGCCAAGAAAUAGUUGAAGGUGCUUCUGAUUUUUGCUAUUCAUAGGAGAAACUACAAUCAGUAACUUCAAACUAUAAUGUUUAAGUUUGUAACUACUUUGUGUGUCUGUUGUUUUGAGUUGACAAGGAGGCUUAGGAGUUGUGGUGUAUCAUCUUAGCUAAAACUCUCUUCAUUUCUAUAUUCACUUCUAAAAUUGAUCAGCAUAGUAAAUUGACGAAUUAAUGUGUAUUUAUCUUCCUAA